AUGCACACUUUCCACUUGUCCCCUAGAGAGUGUACUAUUACUCUUCAGGAUGUUGUUAUCCUAUUGGGGCUACGCAUAGAUGGGAGAUCGGUUAUAGCACCUAUUGGAGGUGAUUGGGCUCAGAUUGUUGAAGACCACCUAGGUAUCAGACUAGGGCCAGAUGCUUUUGUAGGGAGUUUUCUGAAGAUGAGUUGGUUGGAUGAGCACUUUAAUCAUAUUAGGAUGCAUAAUCAGAAUGCUCUACAGAUUACUCGAUUUGUUAGGGCAUAUAUAUUAAGGCUGAUUGGAGGAUUCAUGCUUCUUGAUCACUCUAGCAGCAGAGUAUCUAUGAGGUUCUUAACUUUACUUGAUGACUUUGAGUUGACCGGUCAAUAUAGUUAG